GUUAGUAUUUUACUGUUAAUGUAGGUCUAGAGUUUGAGUUUAUUAUUGCUUUCUUAUUGCCUCUAAUUGUCGGAGAUUAUUUAGGAGUCAUGCAACACUUACUAACCUCAGUAGUGUGUAGUGUGGCCAACAAGAUGCCUAAAUCACAGACCUAUCAUAUUUGGGAUUACAGUUGACGUAAAAAUAUUAAUGCCUUAUGCAUCAGUACAGAUACAUAAGACAUUAAUAUUAACCAUCUCUACUGCAUUAUAUUACUGCAUUAAUAACACUUUAAAAGGGUACUAUUCYCCCCUCUUAGAAAAAUAAAUAUAUAGAACUAGGUCACUACACUAUGGCUUCAACUGAUUAACCAUACAACCUUGAAUAGGAGAAACUCUGUGUGUCUUCAUUCUACUGAGAAUACUGUGCUGAUUCUAUUUUUUUUAAUUAUUAUUUUCGAGACCUAAACACUCCUUUUCUAAGGGAAUGUGGAAGUCUUCAGGUUUUUAAAGUUGUGCGUUACUGAGAAAAUGGCGCGGAUCAGUACUGAUGCAUAAUGCAUUAAUAUUUCACCAGUUGGUUCUGGUCCUAUGGAUUAAAGCUCCACCCAAAGUGCUUUCUGAUGUGGUUAUGCGUAAUAGAAAAGUUUCUGCUGUGUCUAAUUUAUCAGUAAAAUAAGAAAUCUAUGACGGUCUACCUCGGUUGUAACAUCAGAUUGCCCAUCUAGUUUGUCUGUGCUGGUUCUAUAAAGUUAACUMUUUUUACUAACUCUUUUCUAACAACUAUUAAAGUGCUAAUGUUGCCGUUCCAAUUUAUAAAUUGCCGUUCCAAUUUAUAGUUUCCUAUAAAUUUCCAAUUUAUAGGAAAGCACACAUUUUGUGAGUUUGUUGUUUUAAUGUUCCUACAGUAGUGUGAGUCCAUUCCAUUUAAUUGACAAAGCCAAAGUGAAAACGUUUGUGUAAAAUACUAGAUACCAAAACGUUACAUGUAGAAAAUAUUCAUCUACUUUAAUUUAGCCCACAUUUCUACAUUAAGAUGUUUUCAUUAGUCUAAUUUCCUCUGAGAACAGCCUAAAUAUUCCCAARCCAAUGUACAUUCAUAUUAAAGUAAUUUAAUUUUAUUUAUUCAUUUUUUUUCAGAAACUAAAUUACUAAGUGAAACACAUUGUAUAGAUUAAUUCCAUAAAGACUAAUGUUUAUAAGCCUUUUUUAUGUUGAUUGUGAUUGUGUCCAGCUAAUGAAGAAAACAUUUAAGAUUACAAUAUUAGCUCAGACCUUUAAACAAUUUAAUACAUAAAUGUAGGCUUAAGGAAAAGUGUGUUUCAUACCCCACUCCACUUUAUUUUCAGAAGGUGCUUUUAAUCUGAAAUUCUAAUCCAGAAGUUUCUAAUUUUUCUAAUCCGAGUCAUUUUGCUCUCAGUCUACCAACACAAAUCAGCUUGGCACUUUUACACAAUAUUCAGUUGUUUUUUUUUUAGAUAAAAUAUAUUUUGUAUGUGCUUUGUUGUUUGGACAACAAAGCACAUAUGUUGUCCAAACGAGUAACAAGAAUAAAUGUCAAAAAAAUAUUUUCUGGUAUUUUUUGUUAAAAUGGAAAACUACUCUAACCUGCAUUUUUUUAGUCGCAUCUCUAAGGUUUUAUCCGCGUUUAUUUUGAAAAAGUCUGCACCGGAAGUUUGUCUUUUUUCUUGGGAAAUCGAAAAUGUACUWUCGUGAACGUGUGACACUUUAACUGUACUCGUCCGCUACCGCCCACAUCAAGGUAGGUGGAAAAGAUAAAUCUAAACAUGGAAGAGUGUGGAGAYUGGGAAAUUAACAUUCCUGUGGAGGCCGAGGUGAAAACCGUUCCCCUGAAGAAUUUACCGAACUCGGUCAUCAGAAGAAUAGGCCUCCCCGUCUCUGAGGGCGACUCCGUCCGGAAGCAGAGUGACUCAACAGAUGUGACAUGGAUCUGCCCAGUGGUGGUCAGAAGGAAAGGACAGGAAUCUGUCUCAGGCUCAGGAAGACAUUUGGCUGACAACGUGGUCCCGUUUGUAGGCACGCAGGUUCCAGCCAGUCCUUUGAAAAUGUCUUUUGUAUCCUCCAACCGAGCAGCCAGAGACGUGCUCAAGAACAUCUCCUCUGGGAGACGUUCGUCCAAAGAAGAGUUUUUGAGUCAGRACUCGGCUCUGCUGGCCAAUGAUGAUGCUGUCGUUGUCUACAAAGGGCAGAUUUAUCUGUGCAUCAGGAAGGCCAAGAGAAGAACUCGGAGGACACGGAAACAGCAGCCGGUAUGUCAGGCUGCCAUGUUUUCAACAUCAGGCCAGCCAUCUACAACCCACACCAGCGAGCUCAUUGGUGGCAGACCGAAGACAAAAACCAUUGCAGGUAAAGUGAAGCGCUGUGAGAAGGCUGCGCUGAAAACAAAAGGCGUUUCCUCUGUCAGGGAUGAGUCCUCGGCCCCUCGGCCKUCUGACGACACACACAGAGCAGACGGUAACAGUCCAGGAAGAGACCAGGAAGAGGCUUCUGUCUGGACCAAUCACAUGAACAGAAGUCAGGUGAACAGUCAGGACGAUGAGCACAGUGGCAGCCAGUGGUGGACACCAGCAGAGCCUGUUGGGGGCGCUGCCGCCUCCAUAUCCAGAGAUUCUGAGUAUGAAGAGCUGGAGCGGGAGGAGGAGAUCGCUCACCUGUAUCAGCUAAUUUAGACGUUAAAUAAUGAGAUGGUGUAGCAUUUGUGUUUUGUACACUCUUGGCUCUGGAUUUCUUCUGCUCAUUCUGGACUCAUUUCAAACCCAUGAUCACUAUGGUCAGACUUGGAGGAUGUCGCCAUAGAAACUUUACAAAGACAAACCCUUUAUUUAAUGCUGUAACRGCUACUCUUCAGAUCCAUAGACAUUAUUAAUCAGUUAUUUGAAUCAUUUGAAAUGAGCAUAAAUAAACUAUGAUGAACUGAC